CCGUUCAGAGUAUCGUCGAAUAGAUGUGCAUCGUCGGAUCCUGGAUGAAAAUGUGGGGACGAGCCAGCAUGGCAGGUGUGACAGUUUUGCUGUUGGUUGUCGGUUGCCUGGCGGUCCAUGCCGAAGGGAAUGCUUUGGGAGGAACUAGCUCGAACGACGCCGAGGCGGAAAAUAUUUUAGAACGGGCUACCGCGUGGCUGUGGAGUCAGAGAAACAAGGACGCCGGUUGGGGAAACGAUACUCAUCGAGUACUGCUGGUCCUGCGGCUGGGGAACCUGUCACGGGAGGACAACGUCGCCCCCGUGGCUCCCUUGGACCUGCAACUCAGCGGUAAACAGAUGGAACUCGAAAUAGUAUUGCUACUGUGGAGGCACAGGGAAACUGGAUACUCGCCCGUGCGAUUGGCACGUUACGCUCUCGCAUUGAACGCGAUGUGCACGGAUCCGAGACAGUUUCACGGUCACGACUUGAUAGGAACGCUUCAACACCACGAACCGCCUACCGAUUACGAAUUCGCCCUGACGACGUUGGCCGCGUGCAACGCACAGGCUCACGUGCGCAAGAGGCAGAUUCGCCGGCUGCUGGACAUCGCGAACGCGUCGCAAGACCACAACGUCGACACGGUGGCGAUGGUGAUCUUGGCACUCAAGUGCAUCGUACAGGAUCACAGACACAGAAAUCUUCACCAUUUCGUACGCAAGCCGUCGAUCAGCUUGGCACAACAGCAACGACUGGACGGCAGCUUCGGGGAUGUGAGGACCACGGCUUUGGUCAUGCAAGCUCUCGAGGAAGCGGAGAACGAGCCUGCCGACAAUUGGAACAGGUCAGCCGCGUUGGCCUGGUUGAUGAAUCAACAAAGACCCGACGGUUCGUUCGCUGGAGACGUCCGAGCAACUGCAGAAGCACUGCUCGGAGUUGCUCCGCGUGGCCUGGCCAGCAUUCGCACUCUGGACUGUGGCCAGGGUCUCGGUGAGACCUCGCCACCGAGACUGUCUACCAAUAGUAACGAACCGGUGGCGAUUCCCGGAAAUCAUAGCGACGGCGUAUCGAUCGCAGUGACGGCCGUCACCGUGGCGAGCAACUUGAACGCGAGCAACGGGAAUAACAAUUCUGGGAACGCGGUGAGCAAUAACACCGACGGCGUGACGACGACUACGAUGAGCGCCGUGGCGCCGGUGAUGGUGAACGUGUCCUACACCCUCUGGGUAGGCAGCAACGUGAACGAGACGUACAGCUUGAUCGUUGCUGCGCCGAAGAACGAAACGUUUUACGAGGUGAUGCUGUUGGCCGCGGACAUGUCGCCGCACUUCCAAUUCGUCGCGUCCGAGUGGCCGAACGGACACUACGUUCACACGAUAGCCGGUUACAAGGAGGAGCCGAUGUCUUAUCAUUUCUGGCUGUUGUAUCGACUCACUUCCCCGCCGGAUCCGACCUCACCGCCGGGAAAUCAAUUGGUCGCACCCGGCGGUGUGGACGACCUGCAGGUCAGCGAGGGGGAUCACUACCUGUUCUGGUACAAGAAACUAUGAGAUGCGACGAGACGUCGACGUGCGACACGAAGAGAUAAAGCGAGCGAAGAGGACACGGGGGACGGGAGUAAUGAUCCUUAUCGUUAGUUACUCGGAAAUGAGGGCUCACUCUGUUCACUGCCAUCGCUACAUUUUCCUGGAACGUUUUCGUAUGGACCUACUCUCGUAUGUUAAGUUCUUAGGAAGAUGCCUAAUGAAAUAGAGCUGGCAGUGAGAUAUAUCGCGGGCUAAUCGACGCAAUGAAACACCACCACACGCGUGUAUUUUCUAUGAAACUGCAAUGCACAACCGUUAUUGUACCUACUAUACGCGACGUGGUGAUACCGUGCGAUUCGUAUUUAAUAAAUCCUACACAUGUAAUAAUGUACGUACUGCAUAGUAACCUACCCCCCCUUGGUAUCUCACGCGUGUUGGCUUUUACAAUCACCAAAAUGAAUUUCUGCGCUAUGAGACUAUGGUCAUUGCUUGCCACAAUGCGUAUAUAUAUAUAUAAUGUAAAUGUAUUAAUGAAACCUACCGAGGAAACGCGAUUUUGAUCAGUGGUUUUUUCAUAAUUUGCCUAACGUUGUAAUAUACAGUUUUAUUUGUUCUUUCCUCGAGGCGAAUAAAAGGAUUACAAAUUGUA